ACGCCGAAGCGGAUUUGCCACGUGACCCCCGGACAACGUUGCGUUCAUCGCCCUUGUCUCGCCGUCCCGGCGUUUCAAAUUGCAACAUCGUCAUAAACCAAGUUUCCACUCAUAAAAGCCAGGAAGGUUACAGAGCAAAAACCAGGCUCGUACCGUACACCGCAAGAUGCCUGCCUCUUUGGACUCCUCCCGCCCCAUCAUGUCCCCAUCGACCCGCACGUCGGUUCGGUACAGCACCUUCAGCAUGACCGCGCCGUCCAUCACCCCGACGGUCCUCAGCACCGACAGUGUGACCGCCGAGAUCCGCCCGAUCGUCGACGGGCUCGAGCGCCUCAAGAACCCGCGCCUCUCCGACCAGCGCGUGUACCUGAACGAGGAGAAGACGGCCAAUCUGCAGAAGCUCGCGCUGGGCGCCAAACUCGACCGCGCGCUCGGCCGGCGGAUGACGGGCCAGGAUGCGGUUAUGCGGCCGCGAAAGCCGUCGGUUGUGGAGGUCACCAACGAGAAGAAGGCGUGAAAGCGGUCGAUUACCGAGGGAUGAGGUGGGAUCAGUUCUAAUACGGGAAGGGGCCUCGUACCGGCAUGAGAUGGGGGAGCGAUAAACGUGGGAGGGUGUGGGAUGGCUUCUGGAACGACGAACUGUGCUGGAUGUCUCUCAACCACCCGCUUAUUGGGGAGCGACGACGAGCCGUCCGGGCAUUUGCGAGCCAUCGACUACGGGUUGGAAGGGAGGACGAUUCGUCAUCGGGGUGCCUGGAUUCUCUGUCUUGUUUGUCCGUAUUUCUGGCAUCAUCUACUGGCAUUACUUCCAUUUUGGCGGAUCACAACUACAAGGAUCCAAAGUGGGCAUGUUACAAUGUUUUCGAAGGGAGGGUGGUUAGGGCAUGAGGAAGCUGGGGGAUUGGGAGGGCAGCUUUCCAGCAUUGGCAUUUCCUUUGGUCAUUGUACCAUAACCGAACG